AUGGAGGCCACUGAACCGCGCAGACGGCUUCACUCUUCAUCGAACCGCCCCUCCGCCCUAGACUCCCCAGCCGUGGACGUAACCUCGACCGCAUCCCUUAAGUCGCAUAUUAUGCCAGCAGAGGACGCAACCAUGUCCAAGCCGAUGGCGCCGCUCUCUGUUCUUCCCCUAUCUACGGUGGUCCGUACUCUCGCAACAACGACAAUCUCGUCUUCACGCAUCCUCCUUCCGCCAUCUCUGGUUGCUAUGAAUGUUCUAGCACAUACCAGGAACCCCAUCCUGAACCCCGACAAGAACCCUAUCUUGGGCUGGCUUCUGAAGAAGACAUUCUACGCGCAGUUCUGUGCUGGCGAGCACGGCGCCGAAGUUCGCAAGACUGUCAGCGGGCUCAGGCAAAUUGGAUUUACCGGUGUCAUUCUGGGCUAUGCCCGGGAGAUUGUUCUCUCCGAGUCACAAACUAAGAAUCUGACAGCGUGCGACGUCGGCCCGGAGAAGGACGAAUGUGUUCGCAGCGAAAUUGGCCCGUGGGCCGCCGGAACGAUGGAGACGGUCCGUCUCGCGGAACCCGGUGAUUUCGUGGCCCUCAAGUUCACAGGUGCUGGAAGACAGGCUCUGUACGCACUGAAGAACAGGCUGGCUCCUCCUAAGGAACUGCGCGCCGCCAUCGACGAUAUCUGCAACCUUGCUCGUGAGCGCAACGUUCCUCUACUCUUCGACGCCGAGCAGACGGCUCUGCAGGCUGGUAUUGAUGACUGGACUCUCGAGUAUCAGCGCAAGUUCAACACUGACCCGGGCCAUGCUAUCAUCUAUGGCACAUAUCAGGCAUAUCUCAAGGCUUGCCCUGCGGUCCUCGCGUCUCACCUCAGCGCCGCGGCCAAAGAUGGCUUCACUCUUGGUGUCAAACUCGUCCGUGGUGCCUAUCUGGGUGCGGACCCCCGCCACAUUAUUCACGAUACCAAGGAGGACACCGAUCGUUAUUAUGACGCCAUCUCUGAGUCUUUGAUUCGUCGCGAGUGGAACGACAUCCUCAAACAGGACGUUGAAUACCCUCUUGUCUCAGUUCUUCUCGGUUCCCACAACCUCCAGAGUGUCCGCCACGCCCGCGCUGUCCGCGACUCCAUCACUAUCACUCCACCCAAGACGUAUCCCGCUCAAGGACCCGUAAGCGAACUCGCCAUCGCGCAGCUGCAGGGAAUGGCAGACGACGUCAGCUGUGAGUUGGUCUGCAUGAAGAAGGCGGACAAGAGCGGUAGCGGCGAGAGCACUCGGGCUUACAAGUACAUCGUCUGGGGCACCACAGGCGAGUGCAUGAAGUACCUUCUGCGCCGCGCACAUGAGAACCGGGACGCCGUGCAGCGCACACGCAGCGGCCGUGAUGCCAUGUGGGGUGAGAUCAAGAGACGGUUCUGGAGCUCGCUGGGCCGCGCGUAA